ACACGUGUGUGAGGCGGCGGAGGCCCGGAUGGUGCAAGUGAGGGCCGGGGCCGAAGAGACGCCAGCACUGCGCUGGCCGCCGCUAGCAGCCGAGGGCCCGCCGAGGACAGGUGCUGUGCCGCUGAGCUAAAUUCCCAGCCCCACUGAUGUUCUUAUUUAUGGAUGAUGUGAAAGACUUGAGGCUUGGUGCAAGGUCACCUGGGCUGAGGAGGUGCACCACCCGUUCCGGACACUGCACUUAGCAGCAUUGGUGAUUGAGCAGGCCAGAGUCCAGGAGCAGGUGAAUUCCAGGGUCCAGAGGAGACCUGCCGGAGCAGAUCAGUUCCUUAAGAACCUGAUUCCUUGCUUCAGGGGGAACAGCAGGCCAUAUCUGCACGCCCCAGGCAUGCACAAUGCCGAUAGUUGAUAAGUUGAAGGAGGCCCUGAAGCCUGGCCGCAAGGACUCAGCUGAGGAUGCAGAGCUGGGGAAGCUCCUGGCUGCUUCAGCCAAGAAGGUCCUCUUACAGAAGAUUGAGUUUGAACCAGCCAGCAAGAGCUUCUCCUAUCAGCUGGAGUCCUUGAAGAGCAAAUAUGUGCUACUGAACCCUAAGACGGAGGGAGCCAGUCGCCCUAAGAGUGGAGAUGAGCCACAGGUCAAGAGACAAGGCAGUGAGCGCUUCUCUGGAAGCAGCAGUGAUGGUGUCCCAGCACCACAGAAAGUGCUCUUUCCCACAGAGCGGCUGUCUUUGAGGUGGGAGCGUAUUUUUCGAGUUGGUGCGGGGCUGCACAACCUGGGCAACACCUGUUUCUUGAAUGCCACAGUACAGUGCCUGACCUACACACCACCUCUGGCCAACUACCUGCUCUCCCGGGAACAUGCAAGGAGCUGUCACCAGGGAAGCUUUUGCAUGCUCUGCGUCAUGCAGAACCACAUCGUCCAGGCCUUUGCCAACAGUGGUAAUGCUAUCAAGCCCGUCUCCUUCAUCCGCGACCUGAAAAAGAUUGCCCGCCACUUCCGCUUUGGGAACCAAGAGGAUGCACAUGAGUUUCUCCGGUACACCAUCGACGCCAUGCAGAAAGCCUGCCUGAAUGGCUAUGCCAAGUUGGAUCGUCAGACACAGGCAACCACCUUGGUGCAUCAGAUUUUUGGAGGCUAUCUCCGAUCACGAGUGAAGUGCUCCGUGUGCAAGAGCGUCUCAGACACCUACGACCCCUAUCUGGAUGUGGCGCUAGAGAUUCGGCAAGCUGCAAAUAUUGUGCGCGCUCUGGAACUUUUUGUGAAACCAGAUGUCCUGAGUGGUGAGAAUGCCUAUAUGUGUGCCAAAUGCAAGAAGAAGGUUCCAGCCAGCAAGCGCUUCACCAUCCACAGAACAUCCAAUGUCUUAACACUUUCCCUCAAGCGCUUUGCCAACUUCAGUGGAGGAAAGAUCACCAAGGAUGUAGGCUAUCCAGAGUUCCUGAACAUCCGUCCAUAUAUGUCCCAGAGUAAUGGAGACCCUGUCAUGUAUGGACUCUAUGCUGUGCUGGUCCACUCAGGCUACAGCUGCCAUGCCGGGCACUACUACUGCUAUGUGAAGGCAAGCAAUGGACAGUGGUACCAGAUGAAUGACUCUCUGGUUCACUCCAGCAACAUCAAGGUGGUUCUGAACCAGCAGGCCUAUGUACUCUUCUACUUGCGAAUUCCAGGCUCUAAGAAGAGUCCAGAGGGCCCCAUCUCCAGGGCAAGCUGCACCCUUCCUAGCCGCCAGAGUGUGGUUCCAGAUCACACCAAGAAGAGUGCUGGCAAUGGGGUCACUUCCUCCCCAACAACUGCAAAGCUACAAGACCCUGUGCUCCUGAGGAAGCCACAGGUCCCUGAAGAGAUUGGUGUGCCCGUUUCCAGGAAUGGCUCCAUGCCAGGCCCAAAGUUACAGAACGGAUGUGUACCUGCAAAGUCACCCUUGGGGUCCCCUCCCCCCAGACUCUCCCACACGCCCACGCACAUGCCGACCCUCCUGGAUGAGAACGGGAAGAAAGUGAAGAAGCAGGUCUCCUCACAGCACUGCUCCCCUUCCCUCCGAACUUCUCAGGGCUCACCUGGUACCAGCGAACCUGGGAGCCGACGGCAGAGCUCCUGGGACAGCAGGGACACUGUCCCUUCUACCUCACUAAAGCUCCUGGCUGAGGCCACUGCCAGUGGGCAUGGGUUGAAGGGGGAAGACAAGAAUGCAGACCUCGAGAAGGGGACUUCCAGCAGCUCCAGCCCGGAGCACUCUUCCAGCAGCAGCCCUAAGGUCCCACGGGCCUCCGAGGGUGGAGCUGCCCAUGUCUGUGAUUCUCAGGGAACAAACUGUCCCACCGCUGGUCACUCCAAAGCGCUGCCGAAUGGGUUGGAUACUAAGAUAGUGAAGCUCAAGUCUCCUGUCCUGGGCAGCACUGCCAUAGAGCCCAUGAGCCUCAUGUCCCCUCCACCAGCCAAGAAACUGGCCCUGUCUGCCAAGAAGGCCAGCACCCUUCGGAGGGCGACCGGCAAUGACCUCCGUUCACCUCCCCCCUCACCACUCUCCGACCUCACCUACCCCAUGACAACCACCCACCCCGUCGUUGCCUCUACUUGGCCUGUCAGUAAAUCCAGGGUUCUGUCACCUGCUCCCCGAUCAUCCAGCUGUCCCAAGCCUCCUACCAGCACCCCCUCUGCAUCACUGUCCAGUAGUAUCCCCCAGGCCCCACAGACAUCAGAGCCACAGAGCUGCUCUUCCACCUGGACUGCCCUGCCUCAGGUCAAUGGGGACUUGAUGUCCCCUUCACACCAGCUGCUGGAGGCCAGCGAGGCCUCUCGGAGCCCCUCCAGGAAGAGGCACAGGAGCCCUGCGGGAAAGCCUCAGAUGCUUGGCUCAGAAGCGGGUAUCUCACAGCUCCUUGGGGGGGCAACUGCAAUGCCUCGCAAGAAGAAGAAGAAGAAGAGGAGGAAGGGCGCAGAGGGCAUGACCACGGCCAUUCCUCAGGAGCAGGUGCAGGGGCCACCUUGGAGCCCCAAAAACAAGAAGAAGGGACAGGUAGAGCUGCCAACUCACCCAUGGGAGAAGGAAGGCACACAGCCCCAGGUGGAUAGCCAGCAAGUGGGUUACGUUCUGAACAGCCACCGUGUGAGCAGCAGGAAGAGGAAGAGGAAGGGAACGGAGGGACUCUGUGAAGAAGUUGGCCUUCUCCAGAGACCACCUUGGCACGGCAGUUGCACCUCCACAGACCACGGAGAACGUGAGACCAGGGCAGAGUCCCCAAGGAAAAAGAAAAGGAAGAAAAGAAAGCAUGAGGCACAGCAGGAGGAGGAAGAAAACAAGCAUCCAGAAGACCCAAGGAGCACAAAGCCCAGUGUCAGCACAGGCAUAGAGUUGAGUGUGAACAGCCAGCUUGCUGGGGACCGCCCAGGGCUCGGACAGGCUCCUCUUGGACCGUGGAACAGGGAGAGAGAAUCUGACGUGGUCCAGGAGUUGCUCAAGUACUCAUCGGAUAGGGCUUAUGGGAGACAAGUUCUGACGUGGGAUGGUGAACUGUCUGCAGUCAGUCGGGAUGCUAUCGAGGACAGCAGAAUAGCCCAAACCCAGACAGUGGUUGACGACUGGGACGAAGAAUUUGAUCGCGGCAAGGAAAAGAAAAUGAAAAAAUUCAAGAAGGAGAAGAAGAGAAACUUCAAUGCCUUCCAGAAACUUCAGAGUAGACGGAACUUUUGGUCUGUGACUCAUCCAGCUAAGGCCACCAGCCUCAGCUAUCGCCGGUGAACUUGGUGUCAGAAUAGGAGGACCAGUGUGCCUAUUCCACAGCCUCCUGGAGCCGUCACUUCCUGGAAACCAUUUGUCUGGAUCUGAGGAGUGGCCUCAUGCAGACUCAACUGCCCUGUCACCUCUGAGGCUCUGCUGUGAGCCUGCUACAUGGAGGGCCCUGCAAACAACCUGAUGUGGAGGCCAUGGGGACAUUCACAACUAGUCCCACAAGAACCCUUAGCAGGUGGUAUCCAGCAGAGCUGACAGCAACCUGUGGGACAUUUGGAAGGGGCCAGCAUCCUUGUGGUCAUGGGCAGUAGUCUGGGUGGGCAAAGCCAUCUGCUCCUGUCUGGAACUCACAGUGGGGACAGGACCAUGCAUCUCCCAGUGUAUCCUGUGCCCAGGAUGGCAGGCAUACAGUUGGAGGCUCUUCCUGGUGAGCCAUCCCUUCCUCCUGAGCCUGGCACUGUUCUGUCCUGCACCCCACUCUUCUUGUUCCCUCUGUGGGACCUGUAUCUGUAUGCCUUACUAUGUGUCCUGGAAAGGGGAAAGCUAGUUCCCACCUGCACUGCCGUGUCUGCCUUUCUGGGAAUGGCAAGGUAGUACUUCCAGUGCAUCUCCAGAGAACAAAGGCUAUUUGGGGUGGAGGAAUCCUUGAAUUGUGUGCCAAUGCAUCUGCUUCUCAGGCUGCUUUCUGUCCCAGAGUGACUUUUGCCAUAGCUUCCCUGCAGCUGCAAUAACCCAUGGGUCUCUAUGGAGGUGGUGGUAUAAGGGAUGAAUUCUCCGUUAUUUUACUACUUAAUAUAGAGCAUUUAUUUUUGACCAGGCCUGUGGCUUCCCAGCAGCAAUAUAUUCCCCUUAUAAUAUGCAAAUACUGGCUUUGUGUGCUCAAUUUUGUGAGUGCUUUUGAAUCUAGAUGAUUAUAUGACUCAAGAAGAUCCCUUUUUUAUCUUGCUCAAGCUGUGCCUGUAGACUUGUAAUUUAAUAAACGUGGGACUCCUCAGUGAAAGUGGUGUUUCCAAGGAAAAGAUACACCGUAUCAGUAGAAGGUAUAGAAGUACAUCAGAGGGUCCUUCCUCAUGAGAUGCAUCCCCUUAUCUCCCCUGAGCUGUCCCAGGGCUUGCUGGGCAUCAGCUGGCCCCCUGGUCUGUCUGCUGCCUUCAUCAGUGCCACCCUUUCUUAUUUGCUCUGCUUUCCGCUCAGGGCCUCGCUCAGUCCUUGGGUACAAAGAGGAGUUGCAUCUUCAUAUGGUGAGGGACAGUUGAAGUUUUCAUGCCAGUGGUUCUUUUAGGUUUUUCUCCCUUUUAUAUUUCACUUUAGGGAAAUGUGGGAGGGAAUAGUGAUACCACGGCCUGAUCACUUCUCAUUCCAGCCAAGAGUGGAUGGCAGCUUUGAAUGCUGCUCAGGACAGGCCUGAAUUAGUGUGCUGUGGCUUCAUAAUCUGCUGUCUCGGAAGGAAGGCUGACACUUUUGUGGGCAGGGCUUGCUUCUCCACCAGAGGGGUUGACUUGUUCUUACAUUAACUGCUUCCCCGGGCAUAUUUAUUCCAUGAUGCUCAUGUUGAAAAUGUAAGUUGUCUUUUAGCACAGCCUUGAUCUCCUUUCUGUCUCUCUACCCCUUCUUCCAGUUAGUCUCGUCUUUUCCCCUAGAAUGAACAUUGUAGUACCUUUUCUUGGGGAGAAUAUCUCCAUGUUCUCUCUGGAAGUGGUGAACCCUGGCCUGACUUCCUACAGUGUUUGUCACUGUUAGGUAGGGGCAAGUCCUUCCCUUCUGCAGAAAACCAUCAGCCAGACAGGCACGAAGAAGAAUGCACCCAGAAAACCAUCCAAAUUAUAGGUGACAUGUACAUAUAUAAAUACAUAGAAAUACCUAGGCUUUUAUAAUAGCAGUCACUUGGUUGGGUUAGAACCUGGGAGGGGGGGGUAGGGGACCCACGUGCAGUGGACCACCUCCCUAGUGUUCCCUGUCAUCUUGCACAUCUUCCAUCAUUAGGAGUUGUUCUCCCCCCGUGUCCUGGUUGUGUGGCUGCACCUAUAUGUGUAAGGGGUCCCUCCACCUUUUCCACUUUCUCUCCAGGGACCUUGGGAGCCCCAGAUGGUCCAAGGUCUUGGUGCAAUAAAAUAAUGUGUCUUUGUGAGUC